CUUCCGGCGGAGACACUGCGGCGGUUUCCGAGCCUACGGCAGGACGACGGCAAUGUAGCGCAGCUGGCCUUUUCCCCGCGACCAGAAUGAUAUCGCAGCGGGAGAGGGGGGAGCUCGCACGUUUUUACACAGUCACCGACCCCAAAAGGCACAAGAAGGGAUACACCGUGUACAAAGUCACCGCCAGGAUCAUCUCCAGGAGGAACCCGGAGGACGUCCAAGAGAUCACCGUGUGGAAGAGGUACAGCGACUUCCGGAAGCUUCACCAGGACCUCUGGCAGAUUCACCGCAGUCUCUGUCAGCAGUCAGAGCUCUUCCCCCCCUUCGCCAAGGCCAAGGUGUUCGGGCGCUUUGACGAAUCUGUGAUCGAGGAGAGGCGCCAGUGCUCCGAGGACCUGCUGCAGUUCUCUGCCAACAUUCCUGCCCUCUACAGCAGCCAGUACAUCGAAGACUUCUUCAAGGGAGGCGAGGUUCACGACGGCUCAGAGCUCAUCGGGCCGCCUGAACCCUUAUCAGACUUUCUCGCUGACAGCUUGUCAGACUGCAGCUUUGAAGUUCAGAAAGACGCUGGAGGGGUGGACGAUUCGACAGCUGCCAGUCAUUCUGAAUAUGGAGGUAUCUCCAGCGACAGCGAUCUGAUUUCCCUACUGUUGGACACGGACUCCCUGGCCGACGUGGACGAUGGAAUGGCCUCGGACGGGGACUCGCCGAACAAACCACCCCGCGGCUCUAGCCCCUCGCCGCUUCCCCUCCUGCCGGACGACUCCCUGGAUGUGGAAUCCAGCCGGGCCAGCAGGGCGGCGGUCUUCCCCAGUGCCCUGAGGCCGCGUGCGGGAAAGAAGGACUAUUUGGAGAGGGCCAGCGAGCAGAUCAGGCUGGCAGUGCAGAGGGAGGGGGAACAGGACUAUCAGGCCGCCUUCUCCUUCUACCGCAGCGGUGUGGACCUGCUGCUCCAGGGCGUGCAAGGUGACCCCAGCCCCACGCGGAGGGAGGCGGUGAAGAAGAAGACAGCAGAGUACCUGAUGCGGGCCGAGCAUCUCUCCUCUCGGUACCUCCGAGACGGAUCCCAGGUGGGAUGCGGCUCCAGCCUGGCCCCGGGGGCGCUGGGUUCAAGGCCCACCUGGAAGCAGAGGAACCCCACAGAGGAGCUGAAGAUCUUUGGGGUCCUCGGGGUGAUCGACAAGGUUUUGCUGGUCAUGGACAAAAGGACACAGGAGACCUUUAUUCUCAAGGGCCUGAGGAAAAGCAGCGAAUGCGGCUGGAACAAAAAGACCAUCAUCCCCCGCUGUGUGCCUAACAUGGUGCGUCUCCACAAGUCCAUCGUCUCGGAAGACACCGUCUUCCUGGUGCUGCAGCUUGCUGAGGGUGGGAAGCUGUGGUCCCAUAUCGGAAAGUUCCUGAACAAGAGCCCGGAGGACAGCUUGGACAUCCCGUUCAUCCAGAAGUCCCACACGGCGGCAGUUCACCCAAGUGAGGAGCUGAGCUCCAGCAGCCUGGAUUCUGGCCCCAACAGGGAGGGGGUCACGCUAGGGGUCCUUCCUUUGAAGAACAGCCUCACCCCAAGUUCCCAGGAUGACAGCAGUACUCAGGAUGAGGAGGCUGCUGAUGGCUCCCAGCGGGUCCUGCUAGACUCUGGGGCAACCUCUGAAGAGGAGUGCACAAACAGUUACUUGGCCCUCUGCAAUGAGUACGAGCAGGAGAAAAUUGAAUCGGACUCUCUGGAGGAGCAUUCGGCCCCAGUUGCCGAGGAGCCCUCGGCCCGGGCGCACCCCUUGCUGAGUAGCGACAGCCUCUGCUCCCCUGUGAUGGCUCAGGAAUUCCGGUUUUUCGCCGAGGAUGACCAUGGCGAGGUCUUCAGCUCUGCCUGCCUCCCUGCUGACUCACUGGACCAGUCCAAGAAGACGCCGAUGGAGUUCUUCAGGAUUGACAGCAAGGACAGUACCAGUGAUCUCCUGGGUGUGGAGUCAGGAGACAGGCUGAAGUUCGAGCCCUCCAAACCAUUCCUCCCCUCCGCCGACCUGGAGGAGGUGACAAAGGUCGUCGGGAAUGUCAAGCUGCCUCAGAUGGACCUUUGGGGGGUUGAUAGCGAUAGGGGCUCCAAUGAAUCCGUCCCUGUCAUCUCCUUUAAGGAGGCGGUGGUGGAAGACACGGGGAGCUGUGAUGAAGGCCGACCACCAGACCUCCUGGUGAACCUCCCCGGUGUGGCAGAUGUCACAGCAGAGGAGCUGACUGUGGCUGGCCCGUCCGCAACAGAUGACACUAGAGUGUCCCCGAGGUUUGGGAAGCCGGAUGUCUUGCAGCUUCACUAUGACCUGGGGGAUGAUGUAGUCCUUGGCCUGUCAGAGGACGAAGGGGGCCCAUCCUCGGUUUGUGCCCCCCCUGUCUCUGCAGCCUGCAGCUCCUCACUACCCGGCCAUGGCGGUCUGCCUUCAGGCCCAAAGGCCUGCCGGACUCAGGCAACCGUCUCGCACGAAUUGCAAGCUGUCCACGUUGGUUUACAUGCUGAUCCAGAGACUAUGGACUCAGCCCAGUUCUCCCUGAAGUCUAAACUGCGUUCGGACCAGGACGCUCAUGACCAGAUAGCGUCUGAAGCCUUUGGAGAAAGCGCUUCCGCCGAGACAGAGCCAGGCAAGGCGAGCGAUGACGUCUCUCAGCUUUUUAAGGAUCUGGAUGAGCUCCUGCUUAUAGCGGCAAACACUCACCUACCCGAGGAGUAUGUUCAGCGUUGGGCGAUGGAGAUUGUCGUUGCCCUCGACGCUCUCCACCAGGAAGGAAUCGUCUGCCGGGACCUGAACCCAAACAACAUCUUGCUCGACGACAGAGGACACAUCCAGCUGACUUACUUUUGUAGCUGGAGCGAUGUGGAGGAUUCGUACGACCAGGAAGCCAUCAGCGCCAUGUAUUGCGCUCCAGAAGUCGGAAGCAUUUGUGAAGAGACAGCAGCCUGUGAUUGGUGGAGUCUGGGAGCCAUAUUGUUUGAGCUGCUGACAGGGAAGUCUCUGCGCCAGUGCCACCCUGCCGGGAUCAGCCGACACACGAUGCUCGAUGUGCCGGACUUUGUAUCCAAAGAGGCCGGCUCCCUCCUGCAGCAGCUCCUUCAGUUCAACCCCAUGGAGAGGCUUGGCGCAGGCGUGGCAGGAGCUGAAGAUAUAAAGUCCCACCCCUUCUUCGCCAUGGCGACCUGGCCCAAGUAGCGUCCGUCGAGGAUCACAGACUUGAUGGUGGGGGCCGGCGGUUCUGCCCCCGUGCAUCCUCUUCAGAUGCGGCAGCUGCAGCACCGAGUGGAGUCUGGUUUCCAAGUGAACAAACACACUCCUACGAGCGGGAGCGGUGGACUGUCCAGAUCACCCAUCGUUUACAUCAGGUCACAUUUCAUAUACUUUACUUACAAGCUUAUUUAAUAUUUUGUCUGCCAAUGGAUCAGUCCGAUGUCUUCAGAUGGCACUAAUAUUGUUCUCCUUUUUUAAGAACUUUUUAUAAUUUGCAGUGUUUUUCUUCUGAGCAUUUGCAUUAUUUGAAUAGGUGUUUGGCAUUGCAAAAAAUGUUUACUUAGGUCUCUGGGUAUCUUUAACCAUUUAGAUGAGAAAAAUAUACUUAUAUAAUGUCGUGAAAACAGAGGAAGAUGUAUGGCUGUGCAACAGGUAUCAAAGCACUGAACAAAGCGUGUUUGGCUCUGCCCCAACAGUGUGACCUUGACCUCUGACCUUUGACCAUAUGUUGUGAAUGUCAGUGUCUUCCUGGCUAGAUGGAUGUGUGUGCCAACACCUCGAGAAAGCCACUUGAAUUCACUGUGUACCACGUCACAUCAGCUCAUCAGCCUAUGAACAGGUCCUACAUUUCUCAUACUGUAGAUGUACCAUGUUUCUACAUUUUUACACAGUUCGUCAUGUAGAACAGACAUUUGCCUCACGGUCUCGAUUAGAUUACAGCCCUUCAUUUUGCCAAGAUCAUGAAAGGUUACGUUCUGAAGAGACCCCAGUAGUGUGUAAUGCCUCAUUUAAUAAAUGGCAAGUCAGUGUUUCAGCCACUCAAUUGGGAUUCACUUAUGUAAGCAGUUGUAUGUCUGCAUGCAAACCCUGAGUGAGAAAAAAAAAUCUCAAAAUAUUAUUUCACUCUAAUAUAUUAUUUAUUAGUCUAUGGACCAUCUUCCAGUUCGGUUGUGGCAUGUGCUAUUUGUUUUUUUUUUUUUUUUUUUUUUUUACUUUUUUGUUUAAUUUAUUUGCAAGCUGUAAUAUCUCUGUCUUUCGAAAGAAACUGAUGUUACAGGAGUGUUGAGCGGUUAAUGAUCUGAUCAUUCUAAAUGGCGAUAAUAUACAGCACAUCAGUGAUGGCAAGAUGUUUGGAUAUCAUGGAAAUAUGCAGCCUUGCCAAAAUGUGUAUAGUGCAGAAAUAUAAUGAAAUUGUAUAAUGAAUUUUUGUGAAACCAUGUGAAACUGGAGUGUGACAUGGCUGUUGACCUCUUUCUGUGGGCUGUAAACUGAAGAGGAUUAUGGGUAGGGACUGAGAUUUGGAUAAACAUAUGUCAGUUUGAUCAUCAGAUAUCUGUAUAUUCUGAAGUGAUAGGAAAACCCAGAAUUUUCCGUUUUGUCGUUUGGCAGUUGGGUGAGAAUAUGGAGUUUCUUCAUUUGCAGCAGAUUUAGUCUAUAUCUUAUAGGAUGUGCAAAAUGCAGGUACAUGAAACACUGUAGUCAAUUCCUCAUCUCAAAUUCAGGAAAUGAAAAAAAUCUGACUAUAGCAUAUAUGUGUGUAUGUGAUUUAUUAUUUUCAGACCUGUAUAAGCAAUGUUGUGCAGGUCAGUCGCCCACAGUCAUCCGAAAACACUAAGGAGCAACACGCAAGUCUUCAGGUCCAAAGCAUAACCUACAGAGUUUACCAUUUCAUAUUUUAGUGCAAUAACUUUUAUUCUUCCCUCUUUUAUUUGUUCCAGAGACACUUGUGUAUAUGAAUUUUGCUGUUUUGGUGCUGAAUUGGAUGUGAUAGACUGGGUGUGUAUCGAUGGCACCAAGGCCUGUCUUUGACUUUCUUGUGAAACCUCCAAUCCUGUCUUGCACCUUUUGUGAUCUCUCCGGAAAAGUUAUCGCGUGUCAUCGAGCUGUUCUCUUGCACCCCUUCUGUUGGCCAUUAGCGGGACCCUGCAUUGCAAGGACACAUUUCGGAGGCUCGGUAAGAGCCAAGGCGGGCUUGGGGGUCGUCCAGCUCCAUGGCAUCGUCACGGUAACGUGGGCAUCAAGGGCAAAAUGGCCAUUUAAGAAUUUUUCUGGGAUAUCAUUGGCCAGUAGAGGUGAUCUUUCAUGCAAUGACUACAUACGUUUGAACCUGUAGUUAUCCUGUGGGGUGGCACUGCCUUGCAGACUGACACCUUGUAUUAAAAUUGACAAAUGCAUUUUAGGAGCUGAUAUGUUGGUAACAACAUAUAGUGCAUCUCACAUUUUCUGUGGGUUUCUGUUACAAACUUCUUCCAUUAAGUGUAAGUAUCGGCCCACCUCUGAAAUCCUCCUGUCCAAGUGAAGAUCAUUUUAUCUAUAUAGCGGCCAGCGUAGAUUUGGAUCCAAGCAUCCCAUGUCUACGUGAAGGAUCCGUGGUUUUUGUCCUCGUUCACCAUUCAUAAGAAAACCGUGGUGUUCAAUGUGAGCGUGUGCCCAGCGCGUAGUGCACGGAGGACAGCAAAAAUGAUGUUUUCUACGUGCGGCUGUACUAACCGUGUUGCACGGAGACUGUGUCAAUAAACUUUAUGGAUGAAAAAAAAA